AUGCCCGCGACAACCGUCUUCAUAGAAUCUUGGUUUCUUCCCGUCGAAAUUCUUAAAACUAUAUGUACAUUUCUAACAAUUGUUUGUUGUACAAUAUAUUUAUGUAUUAUUCUGCUGGAUAAAACAUGCCAUACAUUACCAAUGAUCUUAACUGCGAAUACUUAUGCUUCAACGCUAGCUUUCGCAUGUUCUAUGCUUAGUACAAGUAUUGCUACUAUUGAACAUGAUUUGAAGUUAAUUUAUUAUCAAGAUCCACAAUGUGUUGGUAGAUGCUUUGCAAGUCAUGCUUCCGCAUUCUGGCUUAACUAUUCAUUUUCAAUCGAAGCUAUGUAUCGAUAUGUGAUUGUCAUGUAUCCGACUCGAUUAUACUUUCAAACAAUUAAAUUUCAUACAAUCAUCAUAUGUCUUUCAUGGCUAUGUGGUACUUUAUAUCCCGUGGUAUUUUUAUUUUUGGGUAGUAUCGUUUAUAACGUUGACAAUCAAAUAUGUCAAGUACCGCUUGGAUUGUCAUUUCCAAUGAUCUACGCUGCACUGGGUGUCUACCUCAUUCCAUUAACAAUGACCGUGUUUAUUUAUUUCCGAUUAGUGUGUUAUGUGAAACAAAUGAGUAAACGAGUAACACCAAUCUAUAUCAUAUCUCGUGCUCAACGAGAAUUGCGUAUGGUCCAACACACCAUUUUAACUUCUAUAUUGUUAAUUUCCCUUGGUGCUCCAUAUACAAUAUUUAUAGUCAUGUCAUUCUUUCACAGUGCGCCACAAUAUCAUUUCCGGUUGGCUUAUAUCUCAAUUGACAUCUCACUACUGUUAAUGAUGAUCGUUUUGUUCUGCUUUAACGAACCAUUGAAAACAGUUGUAAAGAAAAAACUCCAUCCACGGGCGAAUAUGGUAAUGGCUGUAAUCGCAUGA